AUGGCAUCCCCACCUUCUGCAACAUUCUCACAUAUCCCCAUCCUUCCCCUCUCGCGGGCCCUGGAUCCGUCCACCAAACCCGCCUUCCUCUCCGACCUGCGAGACGCCCUUCUCAACGUAGGCUUCCUGUACCUUUCCGAAACAGGGUUGCCGGAGGAGCUGGUGGGGAAUGUGGUGGAAGAAUGUAAGCGGUUUUUCGAGGAGCUGAGUACGCAGGAGAAGGAAGCGAUCGAGAUGAAGAACGAACCGAGUUUCUUGGGGUGGAGCAGGCUCGACAACGAGACCACCGCCCUCAACACCGACCACCGCGAACAGCUCGACCUGUCAACUCCGCAGCCGCUGCCAGGCCCCGACGCCCCGCUGUACCACAACCUGCUGGCGCCAAACCAGUGGCCGUCAUCCGCGCAUCUCCCCGCCUUCCGCCCUGUGUACGAAGACUACAUGCGCCGCAUGUCGAAAAUCUCCAUGCUCUUCACCAGCCUGAUCGCCGAGGCCAUCGGUCUCGAUCCCGGUGCGUUUGACAAAUUCUUCGACGAGAAUCAGCAGCAUAAGCUGAAGAUCGUCAAGUACCCUGAAGUCGAUGUGCCAGAUCUGCCCGUCGGGGCAGGCGAGAUUGACAAGAAGAAGUGGGAGAUCAAGAGGCAGGGCGUCGGCCCGCACAAGGACAGCAUGCUAACGUCAUACCUGCUCCAAGCAAGCGAUCAGCCUGGGCUGCAGGCGCAGAAUGCCCGCGGCGAGUGGGUGGAUUGCAAGCCUAUAACUGGGAGUCUUGUCGUGGCUAUCGGUCAGGGCAUGGAGGCGUUGACGGAUGGUGUCUGCGCAUCUACGACACAUCGUGUGCUCAGUCCGAGGAAGGGCGAGGGAGCGAGGUACUCGGUGCCAUUCUUCCAGGGAGUGAGCUACGAUGCCCAGUUCGAAGCCAUGGAUGUACCCGCCGAAGUAUUAAAGCUGAGGGAUGAGGCUCGCAAAGCGCGCAAGGACGACAUAGAAUUUACGUUUGUCAAGGGUCGCUGGGGACACCUGGGUGAAGCGACAUUGAUGAACCGGGUCAAGUCGCAUCCGGAUGUUGGAGAGCGAUGGUAUCCCAAGUUGCUGGCGCAGGUUAGGGCGCAACAAGCGGCGGCAGCAUAA